AAAAAUAACCACACAACAAACCAAAAGAUAAUUCAUUUUUUCCGUAGAAAAAUCCAAGAUGGCAAAGCUCACUUUCCUAUCCUUAGUUUUACCCCUUUUCUUCCUUUCCUUGGGGCACGGAGUGCAAGCCGUGAAAUGUUACUUGUGCGAUUCAGCGACAAAUCCUGACUGUGGUGUGCCCUUCAAUGCGGCUAAGGUUGCUACGUGCACCGGGACAUUUUGCUGGAAAAAUGAAAGUUGGACAGCCGUCAGAUUGUGCGUAGGUGAGUGGCUGGGUUCAUCAAUGUCGCUAUCGUCAAAAAGUGGAAGCUAUUGGUCGAAGACGUGCAACAACUCUGACUUGUGUAACGGUCCAAUGGAGUUAGCCCCAGCUCCUGUCGUAAACAGAACAUGCUUGGCAACACUCUACAGCGACUCAUCAGUCUCUCAAACGAUAAACGGCAUGCAAAACUCACAGGUUAUAUGCUCCAAGGAAUUAUGUAAUGAAGCUAGUUCUGUUACUACCGCUGCUACUUUUGUGGCUGUUGUGGUUGCCGCAACCGCUAUGUUCCGUUUUUCAUUUUGAAAAUUAGGACAUAUUUUGAAUAAAGCUUAGCUAAAAAUUUGAAUUGAAAAUACUUUAAUUUCAAAGUUUUAAAUCC